UGUGCGCGCUAUCUCAAUGCAAUUGUGAAUAGACCACUUUCUUUAUUUGUGUGCCAUUUACCGUCUUUCUCUUCCGCGUUUGUUGAAUGAGAUUGUAAUACCACCCCACUCUGCCUAGGGAAAUGUAUCAAACUUUCCCAAUUCGGGAUAGAGAGGUGUAUGAUGGAGUCCCAGAACGCAGCACAGGCUUCAUUUGUAUUGGCAAUUAGCACAAGGUAAUGCUUUUUCCAACCAUGAAAUCACAAGUUAGCUUCGAAAGGCGUAUCGAUAGCAAAGAAAAAAAAAAUCCAGCUGAGAUGAGCUGUGGUCACUUUUUUGCCUGCUCCUCUUGGGGAAAUAAGCCGAGAGCGGUAACCACUAACAGCGAUUCCAGAGGAGGCGAAGGGAGGCUUGGCGGCCGGGUCUGCGACGGGAGUAGGCAGCCUCUGUGUGCUGGCUUGUCGGGAGAUGUAGUUCACUCUUCCACAGUUUGCGGGGAAGCGCGACUGGCGGAGACUACAAUUCCCAGGAGAGUACGGGGCUCGCGGCCAGUACGCGUGUGCGGCUCCAGGAAGGGACAGCUCCGGUGCUGAUGUUGGAGCCGGUUAGCGUACCCCGAGAGUGCAGCGUGUGGAGCGCGGAGCGCGCGGGCUGUGCACGCUUGACCAGGCACCCGGGCCACCACUGUCCAAGCCAGUGAGAAAGGACAUUUUGCGAACAAUGAGACACGAAGCUCCCAUGCAGAUGGCCUCGACCCAAGAUGCCAGGUUUGGCCAAAAAGACUCAUCUGAUCAGAACUUUGACUACAUGUUCAAAUUGCUCAUCAUUGGCAAUAGCAGUGUGGGGAAAACAUCUUUUCUCUUCCGUUAUGCAGAUGACUCCUUCACAUCUGCAUUCGUCAGCACAGUUGGGAUCGAUUUCAAAGUAAAAACUGUAUUCAAAAAUGAAAAGAGAAUCAAGCUUCAGAUUUGGGACACAGCAGGCCAAGAGAGAUACCGGACUAUCACCACAGCCUAUUAUCGUGGGGCCAUGGGCUUUAUUUUAAUGUAUGACAUCACAAAUGAAGAGUCCUUCAAUGCAGUACAAGAUUGGUCAACUCAAAUCAAAACAUACUCUUGGGAUAAUGCCCAGGUUAUACUGGUUGGGAACAAAUGCGACAUGGAAGAUGAGCGGGUCAUCUCAACCGAGAGAGGUCAACAUUUAGGAGAACAGCUCGGGUUUGAAUUUUUUGAAACAAGUGCCAAGGACAACAUUAACGUCAAGCAGACAUUUGAACGUCUUGUGGAUAUCAUCUGCGACAAAAUGUCAGAGAGUUUGGAGACGGAUCCGGCCAUCACCGCGGCGAAGCAGAACACGAGACUCAAGGAAACCCCUCCUCCACCGCAGCCCAACUGCGGCUGCUAAUGUCCCGGCAGACACAGGCAGCUCCGGGAGGCUCGGACGCCAGGAAACAGCAUUUAUAAAUGGUCAGUUAGCCUUCGCGAAUCCUGCCUGAAAAUCGAAGGAAAUCUAUGAUGUCAGUGGUUCAUACAUGCGUUCAAUUCUUGGGAGAUUUCCUAUAUUAAUAUGUGGCAAAUGUGUGAUCUAAAUUUGUAAGGACUAUCUAUCCAUCUCUAAACAUCUGGUAUUUGCA